CUAGGGAACAUUUAAACUGGUGCACCUUAGUGAGGGCAGGUAGUGAAAAGUUUGGGACACAUUCAGCUCAUCAUCUGACAAACCUGGAGAUGUAACCGAGCUACAGUUUGCAGAUGGGUGUAACCAACAUGCUGGGGGAAGUACAACAGCGUAUCACAUCCUGUUAUCGCAUCAGAGCUCAGACUAGUUUCAUUUCUCAGGAAGUGAGACACAAUACAGUCAGACAGUCGAUGUCACUGAGCGAGAGGUGAAAUGGCGCAGAAAGGAGUUCAGCUGGACCGGGAAACCUUCUCUUGUUCCAUCUGUCUGGAUCUACUGAAGGAUCCGGUGACUAUUAACUGUGGACACAGCUACUGCAUGAACUGUAUUAAAAGCCACUGGGAUGAAGAGGAUCGUAAGUACAGCUACAGCUGCCCUCAGUGCAGGCAGAGCUUCACACCGAGGCCUGUCCUGCUGAAAAACACCAUGUUAGCAGCUUUAGUGGAGGAGCUGAAGAAGACUGGACUCCAAGCUGCUCCUGCUGAUCACUGCUAUGCUGGAGCUGAAGAUGUGGCCUGUGAUGUCUGCACCCGGAGAAAACUCAAAGCCAUCAAAUCCUGCCUGGUGUGUCUGGUCUCUUACUGUGAGAAACACCUUCAGCCUCAUUUUGAAUCUCCUGCUUUCGAGAAACACAAGCUGGUGGAGCCGUCCAAGAAGCUCCAGGAGAACAUCUGCUCUCGUCAUGAUGAGGUAAUGAAGCUUUUCUGCCGUACUGAUCAGCAGUGUAUCUGUUCUCUCUGCUCCGUGGAUGAACAUAAAGGCCACGACACAGUCUCAGCUGCCGCAGAAAGGACUGAGAGGCAGAAAAAGCUCGAGGGGAGUCGACAGACCAUCCAGCAGAGAAUCCAGGACAGAGAGAAAGAUGUGAAGCUGCUUCAACAGCAGGCGGAGGCCAUCGAUCGCGCCGCCGAUAAAGCAGUGGAGGACAGCGAGAAGAUCUUCACCGAGCUGAUCCGUCUCCUGGAGAUAAGAAGCUCUGAUGUGGAGCAGCAGGUCAGAUCCCAGCAGAAAAGGGAAGAGAGUCGAGUCAAAGAGCUUCAGGAGGAGCUGGAGCAGGAGAUCACUGAGCUGAAGAGGGAAGACGCUGAGCUGGAGAAGCUCUCACACACAGAGGAUCACAGCCAGUUUCUACACAACUACCCCUCACUGUCACCUCUCAGCCAAUCAGCAUCCAGCAUCCAUAUCUGUCCUUUGAGCUGCUUUGAGGACGUGACAGCGGCAUUAUCAGAAGUCAGAGAUAAACUACAGGACGUCCUGAGAGAGAAGAGGACAAAAGUCUCACUGACAGGGACUGAAGUGGACGUUUUACUGCCACAACCAGAGCGCAAGACCAGAGCUGGAUUCUUAAAAUAUUCACUUGAAAUCACACUGGAUCCAAACACAGCAUUCACAAAGCUGUUAUUAUCUGAGGGGAACAGGAAAGCAACAGUAAUGAGUCAACAGUCUUAUUCUAGUCACCCAGACAGAUUCACUGGCUGGUUACAGGUCCUGAGUAGAGAGAGUCUGACUGGACGUUGUUACUGGGAGGUGGAGAGGAGAGGAAGAGUUUAUGUAGCAGUCGAUACAAGAAUAUCAGCAGAGCAGGGGGUCGGAGGAAUGUUUAUUUGGACCGAAAUGACAAAUCUUGGGCGUUAG